UCGCAUGAAAACCAUUACACAAAAUCCCUUUUUUUUUUCUCGUCCAAACAAUCCUGCUUUUCUUUUCUUUUAUGUCUAACUUUGCUUUUAUUAACCAAGCCAACGCGUCUUCUAAAAAUAAAAAACCUUCUUUUGGUGAUCUAAAGACUGGACAGAGAUUCCCUUUUUCAAAUCACCCUGGGCACCAUAUAGACUUCACAAACCAAGAACUGGGUAUUACACCUCCUGGUGAUGCUGUUAAUGGUGUCCCAGUGUUAUCAAAUUUCAAAGAAUUUGGUUCACUCGAUAAAAAGAAUUCGUCUUCUGCAUUUGAUAAAAUGGACAGAAAAUUGCCUUCUUUUGAACCAUUAAGUCAAUCUGAUUUCCUUUUUGCUCGACCAAAGCCGAAGCAUAAGAAACCUAUUCGCUUUUCGAGUUCGUUUAUUGUGGAAGAUAUGGUACAAGAGGCACCUCAUAGUGAUAUUCAGCCAAAACCGUCUGCUUUUUCAUUCAUGCAUGAAAAGACGAGUCCUACACUUUCAACUGAAACUGUCUUUGGUGGAGCUUCCAAUGCAGAUGUAUUUACAUUUGAAUCCCCUUCCUUAUCAAAAUCAGUGAUCAAGCCCGAUAACGAAGUCAAGCUCAUCAAAGCCAAUGCAAACUGGCAACAAAUCAAAAAAGCAAAAUCGCAAUCAAUAGACAAUCUCAAGCACCUUUAUGACAAACACAAGCAAAUCAAAGACACAAUGAAAAAAUUGGAAGAGAAGAUCAAAACCACUGAAUUGGACAAGGAAAAAGCAUUAGAGGCAGAAGAUUAUUUGGCUGCCCAGAAACUAUCUUUGCAAAAGAAAGAGAUGGUGAACACAAUGACUGAUCUUCAAGAGAACAAGUUAAACGCAAUUUAUGAAUCAAUUCAAAAAACAUGGAAGCUUCAGUCCAAUGUAUGGUAUCAAGAAGCUGAAUGUAUUGAACAGUUUGUGACAUAUCAUCAACAAGCCAAGGAAGAACGAUUUCGACACUAUAAUACGUUUGUUGAAGAUAUGAAACGGAAACACCAUGAGAGCAUAAGUCGUAUGGAAGAACGUCGCUCAAGUCUGGAACAAGCCAAAAGUGCCAUUGUGUUUGAUUUAGACAUGUGGAAUCAAAGCGAUGCGGAUUUGAAUGAAAGAAUGGAAGAUGUGGUGCAUUUAGAAAAAGAGAAAAAGACAAAACUGGAGCAAAAAUCAAAAGGAUUAGCAGACGAAAUAGAUCAACUAAGACAAAGACUAAGAGAAUUAGAAAGUCAAAACCAAUCCAUUCAACAUCAAGUCCAGGGAUUGGAGAGUGAAAUAACGACAAAAUUAAAGCCAUUUGAACAAGAAGUCAAAGAACAUGAACAAGAGUUGGAAUCGAUUCAUAAAAGACAAGAAGAAACAAAUGAAAAAGCAGAAAUGUUGGAUACGGAAGAAGAAAGCUUAAGGAAUGAUAUGGCGCAUCAUAAAGAAGAACAAGAUCGUCAUCAGCACGAUUUGCAAUCACUGCAAGAUAAUAUUGAGGCAGCAAAAAUAGCUCAGCAAGAUGCACAAAAGGCAAACACACAGCUGAAUAUUAUCUUGUCAGACGUGCUUGAAAAAAGAAUAAAAGCAAACACACAACAUCAGCAACAAAUAAAAAGAGUAUCAAAAACUAUUUUUCAAAAGAAGAAUUCAAUAAAAGAAAUUCAGUCCAGAAUAUAUAUGCAUGAACAAGCAUGCAUUCAAAUUGAAGAGUCUAUCAACAGAUUAACGAGUCACCUUGGAAGCUUGGAAAAAAGAAAGCAAUUAGCUAUUCAGAAUGGAGAAUUUGAAAUGGCAGCAGACAUGUCAAAUCAAAUCAAGAAUACAAAAUCAACCUUGACAAGUUUGAAAGAGAAGAAAGACACUCGAGAUGAUCUAGAGGCAGAUAAACAACGAUUGGAUCAAGAGAAAAAAGCGUUGAUAUCUCUUCAAGAUGAUCUUAUCACUCUGGAGACUACAUCAAGUAGGUUGGCAUGUAAAUCAUCCAUUUUUAAUGACCUGAAUUUGUAGAAGAAGAAUUGCAAGUUAAUUUA